UUGAAGGCAAUGGCAACCGGCGUGAUACGCAACCUCGCGGAGCUUAAAUUCCCCUCGUCCUUUCAGAAUCCAUACUUACUCCCGGAUCUGACUCAGGAUGUGGACUUCCAGGACUCUUCUGAAGAGGAAGAAGAAAUUCUGGACGAAGAGGAGAUGGAUGACUUGUCAGAUGGAGAACCAACAACCUUCAGGUCAACCCUUGUUUCUUUUGACCAGGUCCCAACUCCUGAAGAGAGCACAGAAAUGACCAAGCAACUUUUGACGUUUUCCGAACUUAUAAGCUCUGACAUUCAGAGAUAUUUCGGGCAGAAAACCAAGGAUGAAGACCCAGACUCUUGCAAUAUCUAUGAAGACUACUUUACUCCCCGCCUGUCAGGAGGCCAGGAGAUGUAUUACCAUGAUCUGGUAAGGAUGGCUCAGAACAAAAACCAGGAGAAGGAGGACUUAUUUAACCCACUUACACCUCCAGUCGAAUUUGAUGAAAAGAUAUUAAAAACCAUCUGUGCAAAAGAAGACCCAAAGAAACUUGGACCCCUGUGUGAGCUGUUUGACUUUGGCCUUCGUAAAUACUUAAAACAAAAGUCAUCCCUAGCCAAGGAUGGAAGGCAACAAAGACUAGAUAAGAAGUAUGCACAUAUUGUUCCCAUGCAUAGAAGACUCUUGCCACUUUCAUUUUGGAAAGAACCAUCUCCAGAUCCAUCAUGCAUGUUAAACACGAAUACACCAGACUUUAGUGACCUCCUGGAAAACUGGACAUCCGACGCUCAUAAUGAACUACAUGGCGCUUCUAGGGACCUUUUUAGGUGAAUUCACAGUAGAUAGGUCAAUGCAUGGACUUUACUGCAGUAAAACAAAGUAAUACAUUUUGACUUGAUAUACAAGCAAUGUCUUGAU